AUGAUGCUAUAUUUACGUGCAUCAAUACUCACAAUCGCAUUUUGUAUCCUCUUGCUGUUUGUAUUGUAUGCCAAUCAUUUAACUUCACCACCUGUUACAGUUCAAGUUCAGUCUACUACAACGAUAACCCCCACAAAACCACCUUCCUUCUAUUCAGCAGUGACAUUUGAUUUUCGAAGCGAUGAUAUGUUGAUAUACACGAUUCUGAAUGUUCGCCACCAUUUACCAUCGGAUUGGCCAAUACAAGUAUUCCAUGGUAGUGAAAACGCUGAAUUUUUACGCAAUUCUUCGUUAUCCGAAUAUAUUAAAUCGGGACAAAUUAUUUUAAACGAAACAGCAGCCUAUGGUAAGCAGUAUAGUGGAAGUGCAUGGACAAACUGGAUGCUAACAAACAUAUCAUUUUGGCAAAAAGUUAUCGGCGAAAAAGUUCUCUUUUUUCAGAUGGACACAUUGUUUUGUUCAAAUACACCACACAAAAUUACUGAUUAUCUUCGGUGGGACUUUAUUGGUGCACCGUGGCACAAAAAGUUUAACUUACCUGUAUCGGUUGGAAAUGGAGGCUUUUCUCUAAGAAACAAAACUCUGUCAAUGAAAUUACUAAAACUGAAGCCAUAUGAUGGUUCUGUGCCAGAAGACGUUUGGUACAGUAUGCACUUUCAUCUCGUCAAUGGUACUGUUGCACCUCUUGAAGUGGCAAGAACAUUUUCCGUCGAAUCAAUUUAUUAUGAUAGACCAGUAGGUAUGCAUAAACCAUUCAUGACUUUUGAAGAAAAUAAAAGAUUCUGUGCUACAUGUCCUGAAUCGGGGCUAGUUCAUCCACAUUGUGGACGAAAAUUUUAA